AUGACGGUGCACAAGCCGAACAAGCGACGCGACAGCGCGACGAAGCGCCAGCGCAACAAGCCGCCGACUGAGGCGCCCUCAAGCCGACCGCAACUGCCGCCUCUGGAGAUCCACGCGCCGCCAUCAGCCGUCGCGAUUACGAGCCCGAUCAUGAUCGCAGCGCGGCCUCCACCGCUGGUGAUCCCGCCGCUCGUGACGCCCGCCGCCUCGCCGACGCCACGCCGGACACCGUCGUCGCGGCCCUCGUCGCCCCGACAAAAGGUCAACCUCGCGCCGCCGCCGCAGCGCGCGCUUCUUGUGGACUUUCUGUACCGCGAAGUGUUUGGCAUCAUGGAGAUCAAGGAGAGCGAGGGACCGCACAACCAGCAGCGCGUGGUCAACUUUCUCAAGUCGUUUGUCGAGAUCGAGAAGCUCGUGCUCUAUGGCCUCCUCCUCUGCAUCGACAGCUUCAUCUACGUCUUCACGUACCUCCCGCUGCGCAUCGUCCUCGCGCUCGGCUCGGGCGUCGUCUCGCUCUUCUACAAGCGCACGUUCCGCCGGUCGCACAUGCAUGACAUGCUCCUUGCGAUCAUCAUGGUACUCAGCACGAGUGUCUUGUACCAAGUGGACAUGUCCCGCGUGUACCACUUGAUCCGCGGCCAAGCGCUCAUCAAGCUCUACGUGCUCUUCACGAUGCUCGAGAUUGUUGACAAGCUCUUCUGCUCGCUGGGCCAAGACGUGCUGGAUGCCAUGUACUUUACCUCUCUACGUCGAUAUCCUUUCCGCCUCCAUCUCUUGAUGCUUGGUCGUAUCCUGCUCUUGUUUUCUUGCUACAUGUGUGUACUGCUGCACUCGCUUCUCCUCUUUGGCCAGGUCGUGACGAUGAACGUGGCGAUCCACUCGAGCUCGACGUCGCUUCUGACGCUGCUCAUCUCCAACAACUUUGCCGAGCUCAAGACAAGUGUCUUCAAGAAGUUUGAGGAGCAAAACCUCUUUCAGAUUGCGUGCAGUGAUAUCGUCGAGCGCUUUAAGCUCAUGCUCAUCAUCGGUCUCAUCUUGCUGCAAUCCGACGGCAAGGACGUGGCCGACGGCACGGCCAUGGUGCUCUUGGCCGAGAUGCUCAUUGACUGGAUCAAGCAUGCGUUCAUCACCAAGUUCAACCAGAUCCCGCCGAGCGUCUACUCGAAGUUCAUGACGAUCCUUUGUCGGGACGUCUCGGGCUACCGCAGCGACUCGACGAUCCAAGACCACACGCAGUUUGUGUCUCGUCGCCUCGGGCUCAUCUCACUCCCGCUUGCGUGCGUGACGGUGCGCAUGGUGCACGAGGCGCUCAAGGACGCCGAGACGGCCGCGUCCCUCGAAGGGGACUGGGCGUUCACCAUGUCGCGGCCCGCGUGGAUGUGCAUCCUUGUGCUCGGGUUCUUUUGCCUCAGCGCCUUCAAGGUCUUGCUGAGUCUCUGGCUCAUGGUGCAUGCGUGCACUUCGGGGCGUUUAAGCUCGUCCUGGAAGUCGGCCCCGCCGUCGUCGCCCCGCGCCCGUGCGCCAAGAGAGAAUACGCCGGUCGCCGAUCCCACUACGCGCUUCUCGAUCUAA